AUGUCCGCCAAGAUCCUCAGCAUCGCCUCCAUCUUCAUCAAGCUGCUCAAGCUGGUGCUGAACUUCAUCGCGCUGCUGCUGUACCGGCUGGGCUACGAUGGCAUGUUCCUGGGAGUCGGCGGCACGUGGAACAUCAACGAGAACAAAGACCCCAGCGCCGAGGUGUUCGCCUCCGGCAUCAUGGUGGGCUACCUCGUCUACACGUGCAUCUCGCUCGUCGGCAUGUGCCUCCACCAGCCCAAGACCAUCACGGACGUGAUCAUGAACUUCAUCGGGCUUUUCGUGUGGAUGGCGGUGGGCGCGAUCGCGAUCCACUACUGGAUGGGCUACCAGAGCGAGUACAAGUACAUCCACAUGAGCACCGAGAAGCAGAAGGGGCUGGCGGUGGGCGCGCUCUGCGUGCUCUCGGGCACCGCCUACCUGCUCGACACCGUCGUCUCCUUCCUCUCCUACGCCGCCGCCAAGAACAAGUACUGA